AUGGGUGAGUCAAUUUCUCCAAAUGAUUUAAUUUUUGGUGGAGACUAUUGUGAAAGUGACAAGGAUAAAGAAUGCCUUGAGAAAGUUAUCGCAACUAUUAGCGCCAAUGAGGAAAAGGUGAGUUAUUAGAUAAAUCUAAACUGUAUUUAUCACAAUAAAAUAAAUAUUUUUCCUAGUUCAAAGUAUUCCACAAAAGCGAUUAUGAAAUUUACGAGAUUAUUUGUUUCAAUAUGUCACAAGUGUACAAUGAUAGUAUUCUGGAGUUAUAUCGAAAAGAUCCAUUCGCAUUUGCUCUGCUGAUUUCAACAUUUUUCGGACAGCAAACAUGUUUGGGAACAGAUCAGUGAGUGUGAGAUCAGAAAAUAUUCUAGAUGAUUGUGAAAAAAUUUUCAGAAUGGCUUUCACAUACGUCAAAUUUCCACUGCAUACCUCACUUCUUCUAUGUUAUGCGGCUCGAGAAAUGGAAAAACGGUUUUUUGGAAAAGAUGAAGCUAGGAAGGAAAGAUAUGAUCGACUAGGAGAGUGAGUUAGAAAAAUUUUUUAAAAAUUUUCAAGCUGAAAAUUUUUUUUCUUUUUGGAAAGAUUCCAUACGGAAGUUAACCUAAAUUUCAAGCACAGUGUGUAAAUCUCAAAUCGCUAGGCUUCAAACUUUUUCUCAGGUAUUGUCGAAGUUGAAAAGUAAAAAAUAAACAUUAGACGCGUGCGGCUGUGCGUCGCGUUCGAGAAACCGUUUCACGACCGCGACGCAUAGCCGCACGUGACUAACUAAGUGAAGUUUUGUCUUUUAGUCAUUGGGAAAGAACAGCACUUCGAAUAUUGGACGAACUCUACGAAUACAAUCCAGAAUACGCGACAAUCGCCCUAAAAAUCGAUUAUCGCGAAAAACUUCGAGAAAACAAUCACAAAAUGAGUGUGACCAGUGAAGUGAUAUCUCAAAAACGUAUCAGAUGGUAUCAAAAUUGUGUCAGAUGGUAUUCCGAUUAUCUGGAUUGUAAAUACAAUCAAAGUCGCGAGCUGAUGUCAAUCGCAUAUUUCGCAAAUGCCUCGCAAUUUUUAUCGCAUUACACAUGCCGUGAUAUUGUCAAUAAUCGCGCGAAUUCUAGGAAAUUGUGGUUGAAAUGGCUGUUCAACUUGAUAUUCCGACUAUUGUAUGUAGUAUUAUUCGCAAUUAUUUUAAUCUUUGGGAACCCGUGGCAUGAUACAAAAUCUGAAUCUGAAUCAAAAAUCUCUAAAAACACAUUGAUGGGUUUUUGGGUUUAUAUCAUGCUAUUUCUAUUGGCUCAAACUUUGGUAUCAUUUUUGAAACUUGUGGAUAAGGUAAUUGUAAGGUAAAACCACAAAUAUCCUAAAUUAUUUUUUAGAUUAAUGUGUAUCAAUUGAAUUACAAUAGUAAAACAACAUUCGAAAAAUUUCUACCCAAAAAAAGACAUUUAAAAUUUGUAAGUUGAAAAUCUUCCGAUCUUAAAAAUUGUUUUUGAUUUUUUUAGGCGAGACGAUAUUUAGAGCAGAACACAUUGUCAAUGUUCCGAAUGAUGCUAUUUGCUAUAUUAUUCAUUUUUGAAGCUAUUCGUUUAAUGUUAAAAGUUAUUCCAAGAAAAAGUGAAGGAUAUGAGUGAGUUAAAUUAUUUCCAAAGAUAAAUGUACCAUAAAAACUACCAGCGGAGAAAUCGGAUCCUUCGGAAUAUCAGACAUAUUUCUUCCACUUGUAUCCGAUUUUCUAUAUUGCAUUAUUUUCGCGAUUUCCGCCGUAACAACACUCCGAUAUUUUCAAACAACAUCAAUCGGAUUAUUCAUACGUGUUUUAAAAAAGAUGGUAAUUUAAGAGAGGCACAACAAAUUCCAACAAUAUAUUUUCAGUUGAAAACCGUUGGAAUGUUUGCGAUUAUAUUUCUAUUUUUCUGGCUGAUCUUGGCUAUUAUAGUUACAAGAUUGACGAAUAAAAUGAGCAAUUCAACAAAUUCGUGGUUUUAUGAUUUACAAUCAACUGGCAAAUUUGAAAUUUUUGGGGAAAUUGAUGAUGAAGAGAAAACAGGUGAGUAGAAAUAAAGGUACCAGACCAGGCCUGUGCCGGAAACUUUCCGAAUUUUCCGGUUUUUUCCCGGAAAAAUCAAUUUUCCGAUUUUCCGGAAAAUGUGCUCGGAAUAUCCGGAAAAUGAUCUUUAGUAGUAAUAUUUACACAUUUUCCUAAAUAUUGAGAAAUUUUUUCAGUUUAUGAUAGAAAAAAUGAAAUUUUUGGAAUUUUUUUUCAAUUUUUCAAAUUUUACUAUUUUUUGAACGUUAAACGUCUCAAAUAGUUACUAAAUUACCUGUGAAUAGAAGAAUUGUAGAUAAAAAUUGUUGUAGUGCCAACUUAAGGCUGAAAGUCGAAAUUUCAGACUUUGAAAAAUUUUCCGAAUUUUCCGGUUCAAAAAAUCCGGAAAUUUUCCGAUUUUCCGUUUUCCGGGUUUUGAUUUUCCGGCACAGGCCUGUACCAGACGAAAACCAGACGUGGGGAAAUUGUCCUGGCCAAAAAAGCUGUCCGGUCCUUGUAACCUGGCCUAAACCUGCCCUGACUCAAACAUGGCCAAAAGCCAUAAAAACCUGUCCGGGUCCUAGCGUGAACAAAAUUUAACAGUGAAAUGUUUAUUUCUGCAUUUUUUACGGUGUCUGCGCCUUACUAAAAGUCUUAACUAAGCCUAAGCCUAAAAUUCUUACUAAGCCUAAGCCUAACACCGUAACUAAGCCUAAGCCUAACACCGUAACUAAGCCUAAGCCUAAAACCCUAACUAUUCUUAACUCUAACGAAGCCUAAGCCUAUGCCUAACUCCAGUGCUGAGUAUACGUCCUAGUUUAAGCCUACCUGUGGCCCCAUUCUGAAAAAUUUCAAUGGGGUCCCAUUCGUACUAAUACAAAAAUUCAACUGGGUCCCAUUUUUUGCGGGGUCCCAUUCAUCACGACGAUUUUUAAACACCGGGGUCCCAUUCAGUCAUUCGGUGUCCCAUUUGGGGUCCGAUUCAUUAUUUACCGGCCAAGACAGGUAGCCAGGUUAGGCACGCGAACCUGUCUAGACUUAUGUCGUACCACCCAAAACCAUGGUCCCCACCCCUGACCAAAACACAUCCUAAUUCAGGUAUUUCAAAAGACUGUGAAGGCUAUAAAAACUACACAACAUUCGAUAAAAUGGAUUAUCAACAAGCCAGUUGUUUCCUAAGAGCAAUAUUUAUCCCAUAUCUAUUCUUCUUCUACAUGUUUUUCUCUGGAAUACUUCUAAUUAAUCUCCUAACCGCUCAAUUAACAAAAGAAUAUGAUGAGAUUUGCGAAAACAGUAAAUAUUACAUGGAUUAUGUGAGAUACGAAUACACAUCGAAACUCGAAUCCAAAAAUUUCCUUCCACCGCCACUUUCACUGGUUUACAUCGUUAUCAAAACGAUUUUCUGUAUUCCGUGUGUAUCAUUUCGAUUGUCCGAAUUUUUCGAGGGCACCGAAUUUGGAGCGUAUCGUUGUGAGAAUCUCGUGGAGGAUGACGUGGAAGAUGUGUGCAAUAAAGCGAAGAAUAUAGUUCGGAAUGAUAUGUGUCUAUUUUGGAAGGAUCUCAAUAAAACGGUGAAGAAUGCUGCCGAAAAAUAUGAUAUAACUUUGGAGAAUUUGGAGAAAAUUCAGGAUGAGUUGGAGAAUGUUAUCAAAAUGUAUAGUGACAAAUUGCGACCGCAGACAAGAAUUGGACAUAGACAAACUCUAGAUUAUCAAGGUGAUCAAUCACCAAUGCCUAUUGUGGAUUCAAUAGAAAGGUAGACAUCGAGCUUGAUUCUGAUUCUGAGUUUUGGGUUUUUUCAGACUUUCGAGCUCAAAUGUAAUGGAAGCUCCCAGGUUUGUGGCUGGAUCAACAAUUGAGGAUAAUAACUUUCGUCGCCCAUCUGUUAUGAAUUUUGAAUCACAGAAUAAACCAAAAUUUUCGGUUGGAUCAACUGUUGAAAAUGAUGACUCUCGCAGUCCAUCUGUUCAAAUUCCAGUGGAAUCAGAGACUUCCGAAUCGCACGGUCUGCUCCAAAACGAUGAAUCAAAUGUGCAAACAUGGUUUUCCGGAUGCACAAUUUCAUAA